AUGUGUGAAUAGACUAGAUUGGUAAAAUGGGGGAUGAAUUCUACCAAAGGCAACCUCUACUGUCAGAGGGAGGAGAUGAACUCCAUUCUUUAGAUGAGUUUAGCCCUAGGACCAGUGCUGAAGAUGUUAUCCAGAUGGUCACUUUGAAUGGAUCAGCUGUGAAAAUAGAUAUUCCCGAGGGUGAUAAAGAAGGAAAUUUCCCCAAGGAAAGAUGGAAAACUGUUCUUUCAAUUAUAUUCGUAAUUCUUGCCUUCCUAGCUACAACAACAAGUCUUUCCAUAACACACGAGCUACGGCCGGCCCACUCUAAUCCUCUUCCAGAUUUAAUAUUAGAUAAUAUACCGUAUUACUCGUGGGCCCUGGAUGUGUCUGAGAUCCUAAUCAUGGUAAUCACUACCAUCUGUGCUGUGGUCGUUAUCUGUCACAAGCACAGGUGGAUUCUAGCACGUCGUGUCUGCUUGAUAAUUGGCCUUCUAUACUUUUACAGAGCAAUAACAAUGAUUAUCACCGCUCUUCCCUCAGCUAACCGUCAGUAUAAAUGUGAUCCUCAGCUUAACCAUACUAUCACAGCCACUGAGGUGCUCCGACGUGUUGUGAAGAUAAUGUCCGGGUUUGGUUUAUCUAUUAACGGACAGCACGUGUACUGUGGGGACUUUAUAUUCUCCGGGCACACCAUGAUCCUUAUCCUCUCCUACCUCAUCAUUAGUGAAUAUACUCCCAAGAAACUGUGGUUGAUACAUUGGUCUUCUUUUCUCAUGGGAAUAGGAGGAGUUAUCAGUCUGAUGUUAGCCAGAGGACAUUACUCAGUUGAUGUUCUGUUGGCGUACUUUGUCACCACUCGUCUUUGGUUCAUGAUGCAUUCUGUUAUACUUAAUCUUCAGCUUCAGCAACCACAUUCUUCAAAUCAUCUUUCCAGAGUAUGGUGGUGGAGUAUACUUGUGUUUUUCGAGAAAAAUAUCAAACACCCUUUGCCUAAUGAAUUCGAGAUCCCCAGACCUUGGCUCAUGUGCUGGCAGCAGGUUACUGUAAAACAUAGAAUACGAGAUCCAGCCAGGGAUAUCUAGGACAUAGAGGAUAUAGAUAAUAUCUAGGAUAUAUCUAGGACAUAAGAGGAUAUAGAUAAUAUCUAGGAUAUAUUAAGGAUAUAAAGGAUAUAGAUGAGGUUACGAAUAUCUUGGAUAUAGAAAAGAGCAGUUAUAUAUCAUCGACUCAAAGGACGUCAAGUGAAACUGAUAAAUGUUUCUAAAAUGUUGGAUAUCGACAUGAUUUAAGAUUCUGAUAUUUACUGAGAUAAUAAGGAUAUACUUGUGGAUAUAAGAUAUCCCUGUGAUAGUUGUGGAAACCACUAAUCUUUCUGAAUAUUUAAGGAAAUCUUCUCUCGGGUUUUAUGCUAUAAAUAAAAAAUUAAUUUAUCUACAAAUUAAAUUGAAGUAUUAAUUUCAAGCAUUCUUCAUUUAAAAGAUUUUAGCAAAACUUCACAAAAAAAUUCAUAUGUAAGAUUAGGUUUUUUGGAGGAUAUAAUCUGAAUUGUAACUUACGUCAACUAGAAUGUUCAAUUAAUUAUUCAUGUCGCGUACAGUAUGUGAUAUGUACGUUUGUUAUCACAUUUAUGUAUUCCUAAUUGUAACAACAUACAUCACAUUUACGCAUUCCUUAAAUUAACAACUUACAUCACAGCAAACAAAUUAUUCCGCCUUCCAAUUGUUAACGCCGUAAUUAUUAAUUUUGAUGUUUAUUUAUUUUAUCGUCGUUAUUUAAUCACAUUUAAAUCUAAUUCAACGCCAAUAGUCGUAAAUAAAACCGCCACAUGAUAACCAGAUGAAACAACUAAAAUCAAUUUUUUAUUUAACUAAUUUUUAAUUUUAUCCAUGAAAAUUCGGAAUGAAAAAAAAAACAAUUCUUUUGCCUACUUAGAUCUGAGAACUUAUUAUUGCUCAAUUUCCCCGUGAAUUAAUUUGAAUCAAAAUUUUGUUAAGUCUUGGAAAUUCUAAAUUUGUUUUAUUAUUAUUAUUUAUUUUAUUUAGUAUCACCAUACACCAUUACUGUAAAUGCAACAUAAACAACUGUAAGCUCCCUUUAACCCUGUUUCAAUGUACUUUCUUAAGCCUCCAAUACCAUCCGUCCGUUUCCUUCUGCUAAUUCUACUGUUAGAUGAAAGUAUUUAAACAGAUUUUAAAAUUGAAUUGUAUUACUAUAUUUAAGCCGGUCCAUGGAGGAAAAAAAUCACUCAUAUUAUGAUAUUUAAAAGUCUGAAUUGAAUGUUUAUUUUAUUAUUUAACAUAUUUUUCCUAACAAGUUGUAUGGGACUGCUCCUGUAGUGUAUUUUGUCUUACUGUUUAAAGAGUGUCGAAAAUGAUCCAUAAAGAUUUUCUUUAACAGAAAAAAGAUCUAAAAAUUUUAAAAUCACAAUUUGCUCUUGAAUUCCUACAAAAGAACUUUCAAGAAAAAAUUAUACAAAUCUGCCGAAUCGUAUACGGUACGAUCUUUUAGCAUAACAAACUUUAUUACCCUGGUGGGAAUCAUUUCCUGCACACUUAAAUUCGUAGUUACCUUAAUUCUGAGCUAAUUAAAUGAAACCAUUUGAUGCAAAUUUUAAAUAUCUAAUUUUUCGAAACUAGGUCCAAUUUUGCUAAAUUAUUUAAAUGUAAAAAAAAUUCAGAUCCCAAGCGGAAAGUUCUCAAAAUAUUUAAUAAGUUACACUUAUUCUGUGCAGUAUAUACUAUGGUUAUGUAAUUCUUUAUAUUCGAUGAACACAUUCACUGUGAUUAUUACUUUGAACUAAAUUGUCUUUGAUAUGUAUGUUCACUGCACGCUGCGAACUGUACACUGUAAACUGUACAUUGUACACUUUUAACUGUACUCUGUGAUUAUAACUUUUUUAUCACCAGGCUUUCUAUACAGGGUAGUUAAAAUACAUAGUUACCAUUAUCACAAGUAUAAUACAGGGUGUCCCAGAAUUCACUAAACAGACAACUAAUCUUGUCAAAUCCAUUCUUGUAAAAUGGAGAGACAUUGAGAUUUUAAUUUAUCUAAUGAGUCUAGGGUCUCCAGUCGAAAUUUUUUGCACGAAAAUCGUGCAAAGAUUUUUUUACGCUUCGAGUAAAAAUUGUACGAAAUUUCGAUGUUUUUUCGCAUUGAUGCGCAAAAAUUUAUUUCGCGCAAAUUCUGAAGAAUAUCUUUGUAUUUGUGUAUUUCUUUAUUUCCUGCUUUUUCGUAAUUUCGAGCUAUUUCGUUAUUUCGUAAAAUUUCGAGAAACAAUUUCAUGAAAUGAUGAAUAAAUUCAAAAUUAAACAAAUCAGAGUUACAGGCCGGGCCCGCCAACUAUACUCCAGCCCAUACGGCCCGCCAACUAUUCACCUGCAGGCCUAAUGAGCCCCUAUUCUGAGGUUGUAGGUCACCGGACCGUACCGACUAUUAUACGGUUUAACGACAGUCAAUCUCAAGUAGUAACUGAGUUACUCACGAAUUAAUUAAUCAUAAUCACAUUCACUAAUAAUCAGUCCGGUCUAAACUUGGAGACGAGUAGGGUUAGAUGGAAAUUGUUUUUUUUACUGAAACUUAUUCACACCAUACUGUCCAAAUAUUAAAAUCUUUCAUAUUUAUGCACUUUAUGGCAUGCAACAAAUAUCACUUAAUUUCGUUUUCAUGCACAGUACUGCACUAAAAAAUUUCAAUUUUUCGAAUUCAUGGGCAUUGCAAAAUUAAAUGCAAAAAUGACCUGUAUUCAUGCGCAAUAUCAUGAAAACAUUCUGACUUAAAUCUUGUUUUCCUGCACAAUUUCGUGCAAAAAAAUAUUCAUUUCGAAUGAAUGGGCAAUUUUGUGAAUAACUGGUCUCAUAUUGAUACAAAAAUGAUGCGGAAUUGCGCAAGAGAAAUUACUGUUUCGUGGAAACCCUUCUGAUAACCAAGGAUGUUUCAUUAAAAAAAAUUCAUAGUUCAGUCUUUCUCAUUUUUCAUCCUAAAUUGAAUUGCUAGAUACAAGUUUUACUCACAGUGGUCGGCAUUUUUUACAAUAGAAUGAAGACGACUUUUUAUUUUAAGUUUUGAUUAUUAACAACCUUUUUUAUAAAUUACAACUUUAUAUAAGUAAGUAUACAAAAAGAAUCAGUAAAUUGACAGUUUUUCUUUGUUUCCAUGUUUAUUUGUAUUUUGUAUCCAUUUAAAAUCAAAAUUAACAACGAAAGCCGUCUUAUCAUUGAUAUAUACGACGACGACUAUUCUAAAAAUCACUGAAUUUCUAUGCUCCAAUAAUUUUGUCAUCACUCCAGUUUUAUUAUAGUUUUACAGAAUACGUUUCAAAAAUAGAUAUCAAAGAAAUAAUUAGGUUUUGUUUGUGUUUUUUUUGUAAUGGGCCACCCUGCCAUCUUCAAUGAUACUUAAAAUGAUGUUGCAUUUAUUGGUAAAUUACCCACCAUCCCUAUGAUUCACAUCUUACAUCGUGUUUUUAUUUUCAAGUAUUUCUCAUACCCUGUAUUUUUAGUCCUUUGUCGUAAUUAUGCAAUAAAAGAUUUUAUCUAAAAUCAUAUUUUAUAGUCCUUGGUCUCCCCGGGUUUAGUAUUUGUAUGUUCCUAUGAUCAGAUUAUUCAGAUAGGUUAUAAAUUAUUUUUGUGUUUCAUUAUCAAUAAUCUGUUUCACAUUAAAUGAAUUUAUAACUUGGCACUAAUACUGAACAACUAAAAUUAGUAUUAAAUUGAAAAGUUCCCUAUUUAAUGCCAAACCCCAUUCUACUCUUGUCCUAUCUGUAUAAUUUGUACUAAAUACUUUCCAUAGUAACCAGCCAAUCUUAUUUUUACUUUUGCUGUGAAAUAUGGAAGUGUUGACGAGCGAACUUAAGCUUACACAAUUUUACAAAAGUUAGCAUAAUUUUACGCAAGUUUGCAAAAUUUACGGAAAUUAGCAUAGUUUACGGAAGUUUGCAUAAUUUAAUGCAAGUUUGCAUAAUUUUACGAAGGUUUGCAUAAUUUUAUUAAAGUUUGUCUAAUUUUACGUAGACUUGCAUAAUUUUACGUAAGUUUGCAUAAUAUAAUGUAAGUUUGCAUAAUCUUAUGUAAGUUAAAAUAAUUUCAUGAAAGUUUACAUAAUUUCAUGAAAGUUUACAUAAUUUUAUGAAAGUUUAUAUAAUUUUAUGUAAGUUUACAUAGUUAACGCAAUUUCACGUCAGUUUGCAUAAUUUUACAUAACUAUGUAAGUUUACUUAAUUGAUGCAACUUUCCGUAAGCUAAAAAGUUAGCCUCAAGUCAACCAAGGCCAAUGUAAGCAAGUUGGCCGGCUGGUUACUGGUACAGUUCUAUUAGAUUACCCGGUUUUUUCUUUAAAAUCUGCACAUACACCUGUACUUGUGAUAAAUGAUACUAAGUGACCCAUUGUCGGUAAUUUUUUUUAUGUAAAUGCUUCAUCUCGAUACAGUGAUCGGCGCUUAUACCAAUACAAUGAAGACGAUUAUUCAUGCUGUUUAAAAGCUGGGUAGAAAUCUAAAAUUUGAAUUAAAAGUAGUCUACAUUGUAUUGAUAUACGCGACGACGAUAGUAUAAUCCCUAGUUCACAUCACCAAUCCAAUAAACUACCUUCACUUAA